AUGGCGGAAAUUAAAGCUGCAAUUGCUAAAGAGCAGAGUGGAAGGAAGGUUUCCUGGUUAACAUGGUUCCAAACAAAAGCAAAUUUUCAUAGAUUAUUUCUCACUAUUGCGCUACCAACUAUUAUACAAUUGUGUGGAUCUUCUCUCGUGUCAUACUAUUUUUCAAUCGUUCUUGAAGGGAUUGGUUAUACUGAUCCGGUUGAAAAGUUGAAAAUCAAUAUUGGGUAUACUGUUUAUGGCGGUGUCUUCGGAGUAGUUGCCGCUUUGUAUUCUGGUAAAUUAAAACGGAAAGUUUUGAUGUUAGGAAGCCUUGGGUUAAUGUUGAUAACUUUUAUCAUUUGGACUAUAUUAUCGGCUAUAAAUGAACAAACAAACCAUGAGAAUAAAUCAUUAGGUAGAGGUAUUGUAGCAGUAAUGUAUUUCCAUGCAGGAUUUUACCAUGCGUUCUCCCCAAUUGGUAACACAUACGUCAUGGAGGUUGUUCCUUAUACAUUGAGAGGUAAAGCUGCAAUUUUGUAUUCAUUAAGUCUGCAGGUUUGGGUUUUGUUUAACAAUUACGUUAACAACCUUGGGAUGGAUUCCAUUUCAUGGAGAUACUAUAUUGUAUUUUGUGUUUGGUUGUUUUUACACAUGGUCGUUAUCUUCUUCUUGUUUCCUGAAACCCAUGGAUUGGGCUUGGAAGAAAUUGCCCAGAUAUUUGGUGAAGAUAUUUCUGAUUUUACGAUAGAGGCUGACAAUGCAAUUAUUGAACAUAGUGAACCUGAGUUAAAAAGUCAAGUAGAUCAUAUCGAAAAUAUUUCUCCACUGAUUCCAAAUACUAGAUAG